AUGGCCCUAAACCUCCUCCAAGCCAACAUCAACCACUCCGCCAGAGCUCAGGACCUCCUGUUCCAGAGCAUGGCGGAGUGGAAGAUACAUGUGGCGGUGGUGUCCGAGCCCUACCGGGUUCCGUCUGGGGACGAAUGGAUAGGGGAUUUGGACGGGCUAGUGGCCCUAACGUCCCGGUCCAUCGAAGGCUCUCCGGCCUUCGCGGACGUGGUCCGAGGCCGAGGAUAUGUGGCGGCCCUCGUCGGCGGCAUUCUGGUGGUCGGGGCGUACUUCUCGCCGAAUCGGAGUCUCGCCGACUUCGAGGGAUUUCUCUCCGAAGUCGGCGUCCUGAUCGGCAGAAGUCGCUCCCCCCGGGUGCUCGUCGCCGGGGACCUCAAUGCCAAGUCCUCGGCCUGGGGCUGCCCGGCCACGGAUCCGCGUGGCCGGGAGCUGGAGGAUUGGGCGACAGAGACCGGUCUCGUGGUCCUCAACCGGGGGUCGGUCAACACAUGCGUGCGGCGCCAAGGCGGCUCCAUUGUGGAUGUCGCCUUCGCCGAUGGCGUCCUUGCGCGCCGUGUUAGCGGCUGGCGGGUGGUCGAGGACGCGGAGACGCUUUCGGACCACCGUUACGUGAGGUUCAGCAUCUCCGCGUCCCCGUCCAACCUGGUCGGCCCAGACCGGCUCCCGAGCGGGGAGGGUCCGCGGUGGUCUCUGUCGCGGAUGGACCGGGACUUUUUAGUCGAGGCCGCCCUUGUCGAGGCGUGGUUUUCUGCGCCUCGGGAGGACGUCGUCGAGGUCGGUGUGGAGGCAGAACGGUUAGGCGCGGCCAUGACGCGAAUUUGCGACGGGGCAAUGCCCAGGGUCCGCUCCGUCCCGUCCAGGCGGCCGGUGUACUGGUGGACCGCCGAGCUCACGCAGCUGCGCAGCUCCUGCGUGGCGGCGAGGCGCCGGUACACCCGCUGCCGUCGGCGGAGACGGCGGGACCCCAUUGAGGAAGAGCGGUUCUACUCCCUCUACAGAGGGGAGGUCAAGGCCCUCCGGGCGGCUAUCGGCGCGGCGAAAGACCAGGCGUACAGCGAGAUGCUGGAGGCUCUGGAUGGUGACCCAUUCGGGAGUCGGGUCCCGAGUGCCACCAUUGCGCGUCCGGCGACGUGGACACGGCAGAGCACACGCUCGCCGUGUGCACGGGCUGGGACGCGCAACGCGCCACGCUCACUGGCGCAAUAG